GCAGAAACACCCACACGUGAUCUUCGAGGCCCGGACGAAGGCGAACAAGGGCUGCGCGAACUCAGGAACGAUGGAGUGGAGGUUAACCGGGCCCGGCUCUGGAGGUCACCACUCGGGGUUCCUGCCCCUAAGAGGUCGAAGAGACGUCAGGGAGGCCACCAAGUAUAUCGAGACGUCACUGGUGAUAGACAAGGCGAUGUUUGAGAAGAGGAACGGGAGCACUAGGAUGGACGUGGUACACGAUUCGAUUCAGGUAGCCAACAUUGCAGAUCUCUACUUCAGGACGUUGAAUACUAGGGUGUCGGUGGUGUAUAUUGAAACUUGGCAAGGUGGCAAUCAGGCGACGAUAGACCGCAACGAGGACAUUGGCAAGGCAUUGAGCAACUUCAAUGACUACACGGCCAGGAAGUUGUUCAAAGUUGACAAGGACACCACGCAGUUGCUGACUGGGGAGGUUUUCGUUGGUGGAGAAGCGGGAAUGGCAGUACCGGCAACCGUUUGUACCACCAAAUCCGUAGGGAUCAGUGUGGACAUCAACACCUAUGAGCCACAUUUGUUGGCCGGUACCAUGGCGCAUAUGAUAGGUCACAAUAUCGGAAUGGGUCAUGAUGAUGGCAGAGAAGAAUGCUUCUGCAGGGACUGGCAUGGUUGCAUAAUGGCACAAGCGAUCGUAGGAUUGGACAAUGUUCAACCAUAUAAGUUUUCUGAAUGCAGCCGUUCAGAUUACAUCGAUAGACUGAGGACUGGAAAUGGAAUAUGCCUACUUAACAAGCCUAAUGAAUUAACGGAACGAAGAACGUGCGGGAAUAGUAUAGUGGAAGAAGGUGAAGACUGUGAUUGUGGAAGUAUAGAUAACUGUCACAAGGUAGACCCAUGCUGUGAUCCAAUAACAUGCAAGCUGACUAAAGAAGCGCAAUGUGCCUCGGGACCUUGCUGCGAGGGUUGUCAACUAAAGGAAAAGGGCGUAGUAUGUAGGGAGGCAUCCAACGAAUGCGACCUACCGGAGCAAUGUUCCGGUGAUACUGGAGAAUGUCCGGUGGACGUGUAUAAAAAGAACGGUAGUCCAUGUGCCAAGGGAGCUGGGUAUUGUUUCAACGGUGUUUGCCCUACGUUGACGCUGCAGUGUGAACACAUAUGGGGAUAUGGUGGAAUAGCGGCUGACGAUCAAUGCUUCGAGCAGUUCAACUCGAAGGGUUCCAUAAACGGUCACUGCGGAAGCGACUCCAGUGGUCGCUUAGUUAAAUGCGCACCUGAAAACGUACGAUGCGGAUCACUACAGUGCCAGUUAGGGAACAGGUAUCCGGUAGUCGAGGGCCUCGAUCAGCCCCAGGAUCACUCUAGGACUAUAAUAUCUAUCAAAGGGCAUGAAUAUGAAUGCAAGUAAGUUACUUCGACACUAAGCACGCAAAACGUAGCAAUAGGAUGAAACGGAUUUCCAUUU